AUGACAGUUCAGAUGCAGAUGGAUAUUGCAAGAUAUAGCAAAUUGAUCUCCCCGAAGGACACCGGGCAUAAUGAACAUAGAGAGGCGAGGUUGCUUGAGAGGUGUCCUCCUGGCCAUGAAGGCAAAAGGUUGGUUGACGAACCUGCCACAAUUGUCGAUGCAUCUGGUGCCAUCAUUGCAUGGUACCUCCCAGACACCCUGACCGACACCACCCAGAAGGAAAUCAGGGAGGCCACCGAUUUGCUCGCUCCAAGCCUCGAAAAAAGUGUAAGGGCUGAUGACAAUUGGCAAACUAAUCAAACAUUGUUCAACUGGGGUUCGGAAGAUGUUGGACCAACUCCUGGAUGCAUCAAUCUAUCUCUGGCAUGGUUUCAACAGGGACACGAGAAUGUGUCAGAUCCGGAGGUAUCUGCAUCAUUGAAGGGACCUUCCUGCGAGAAUAUCCUCAAAGCCAUUGCAAGGCCAGCAGCCAUUGUGAUUGAGGCCUUGUCAAACCUUGGAAAUAUAGCACUAAGCAAGGAUCUGCCACAGAUGCCGGAGGCCCUGCAGUACUGGGCAUCCGUGUUUAACACCCUCUCCAUCAUUUCCAAUCGGGAAACCCCCCAUCAUCAAGACCACAUGUCCAUUGCUAAAUGCUUCGACAUUCUCACCACCAUGGAGAACUAUUCUAAUGCUCGGAUGACAAUGCCAAGCCUUCAGCUGGAGUUCAAGUACAAUUCCAGCUGUAUGAUUGCGUUUUACAGAAGGAUUGUGAGACAUGGGGUUUAUGAUGUGGAAGGGGAUCGGAUUGCUUGGGCAUGGUAUAUGAGGGAUGCUGUUCACAUUUACGCUGGUGUUCCAUCAUGUGGAUGGGCUAGUGUGGAUGGUCCAUACAGUGUGUAA